AUGCUUUCCAGAUGGAGGGACUAUUUUGAAGAAGUACUCAACAGGGACACUCCAGAGUCAACACCACAAGAUGAACAUGAGGAGGAAGAAGAGAAGGACAUCUCGGUUGAUCCACCCACCACACAGGAAAUAAGGACUGCACUGAAGACGUUUCGGAAUGGGAGGGCCCCUGGAGCAGAUCAAAUAACUGCAGAAAUGUUAAAGGCAGACAUUGAUAAGAUCAGCCAGGAGUUGAAGCACGCCUUUGACCAGAUAUGGAAGGAGGAAAAGGUGCCCAAAGAAUGGACCAGAGGACUGAUCUGUAAAAUUCAAAGAGAGGAAAGAGCAGGCAGGUUUCCGGAGAGGGAGAGGGACUGUCAACCAGAUCUUCAUCCUCAGGAACAUCCUGGAACAAGUCAACGAGUGGAAUGCUACACUGUACAUCCAUUUUUGGACUUUGAGAAAGCUUUCGACUCGGUGCACAAAGACAGCAUUUGGGUCAUUAUGAAAAAAUAUGGAAUACCCAGAAAACUGAUUACGAUGGUCAAAGCCCUGCAUGACAAUUUUCAGUGUUCUGUGAUUGAUGACAACGAGACUACUGACCCUUUUCCUGUGGUGACUGGUGUCAAACAAGGAUGCCGCAGGUCAGGCUUCUUGUUCCUCCUAGUGAUAGACUGGGUGAUGCAACAGACUGUCAGAAAAAAGAGAACAGGAAUUAGAUAG